AUGGACUACCCGCGACAGUUUUUAUGGAUGUGUUGGAUGGCGACUCAAGAGGGUGGUCGGUGGGAGGACGACGGCACCUCAGUCGCAAGAGCCGAGAGCGACGGGAAAGGCAAAGAAAAAGACGGUCGAAAAGCUGGACAACCACCACCACCAAGGUUAGCACGAUGUGAUGCAAAAGAUGUCAAUGAGAAAGGACGAUGUGUAGAGAAGGGAAUCCAGGUUUAUUCGAUGACGCCGAGACCUCCCCUGUCGAAUCCUGAUGGGAUUGCAGAUUGGGAGGAGGAGAGACGACCCGAAACACUCGGAAGACGAUGGAUGGCAUCAAAGACGUACCGAUGGGAAAUCAAACCUAUUUGUGUAGAGUCGCACCCGAGUAUCGGAUCCGACGAGAUGAGAAAGGAAGGAUAGCGAUGGUGGUUGAGGGAGUAGGAAGAGGGGUGGGCCGUGGGAGGUGAGUCGUUCUACCAAGCGCUUGGGUAUGUCAGCGGUGGCAUCACGCAGAGCCGAAGCGAGUCAGGAGAACCAAAAGGCCAGGAAAGGGGGAGAGCGGGUGCAAAAGAAGAUCAAAGUCAUGCUAAACGAUAGACCGGAACCUA